CUAGAAAAGCAUGCGGUUUUCUCUUUUCCAAAAGUGCAUCAACUAAUUUUGUUUUUAUCUUUGAAUUUGCUUCUAAGUUCUAAUUUUCUACCUUCUAUGAACAGUUUUUGCUGGUUUCAACAACAGAUUAUAGAAGAUAUGAUAGAUCACCGCAGUCAUCCACACCCAUUACACUUGAAGCCUCCAGGAACACCAUACAGGUGCAGUGGUUGUCGAGAAUUAGGGUUUGGAUCCAGUUACUGUUGUGAAAACAGCUGGUGCGAAUAUAUCCUCCAUGAAGAGUGUGCAAAUGUUGUUUCCUCGGUGCCUCAUCGAUUUUUCCCGAAGAGCUAUUUCGAGUUCUAUGAGAAAGCACCGGGAAACAGAGCUAGGUAUUGUGAUGCUUGUGGAAAGGAUGUGAAAGGCUUUGUCUACCAUUGCUCGAACACUGGAAAUGACUUGCAUCCGCGCUGUUUAAACCUGAAAGAUACUAUUUCUGAUGAAGAUGGAUGUGUCACACUGAAACUGUGUCAGGAGGUUCCCUCAAAGUGUGUAAAAUGUAAGCAUAGGAAGGUUGUGGAGAAUAAAAUUGAAGGUUGGUCUUACGUGUCUUCCAUGGGGAAUUGUUGCUAUCAUGUGUCUUGUUUCAAGGAUUUGAUUCUUGAGAACUGGAAUAAGGGUUAUUUUUCUCGAGAAAGCAAUUCGAUUCAGGUGAGUGAUGAUCAUGACCCGGAGUCUCAACUUGCACUCACAAGCAUGGUGAUGGUUCAAGGUGGAGGAAGCUCAAGGAGAUCAAGGACUAUAAAGAUGUGGUGCAAGAUUGGGGUGGUUGUGUUCAAGCUAAUAUUUUCAGCCAUUUUUGGAAAUCCUAUAUCUGCCAUGGUUACUCUUGUGGAAGCCCUUGUUUCAAAUUGAACGUCUGAAUUUAAAAUCAGAUUAGUUUGUGUGAUGAAUAAAUUUUGUACCUAGGCGCUUGGAUAUAUGGAUCAAAAUCUAUGUACUGUCCCCAACAGAUCGAGUAUCUUAAUCCCACUUGGAUAGUUCGUUAAGUUGAUUUGGGUGUCUAUUCUCUCAGGUUUUGGUUUUUUUGGGUGUUUCUAUAUUGUUGGUAUGGCUUUAGCUUUGUGCUGUUGCUGUAUUGGGGAUUUUCCACUUUGUACUUGUUUAUCUUUUUUUAUUCUAGCUUUUGUUGGUCUAUUGUCUUACCGGUAGCUUGUUCUUUGUCUUUAGACUUUUGCUGUGUUGUGUGCCUCACCAGAGGCAGAGGCUUGUUCCCUGGAAUGUUUACCAAAUCAGUUUUUCUCCUUUCCAAAAGAAAAAUAAUAAUAUUUUUUUUCUUGUUGCUUUUAGAGUUUAA